AUGGAUAGAAGACUGAAAAACGAUCACGGAGAAGCAACAGCCACGUUGAAACAAGUUACAGGCAAAGAAAAACUGUCUAUAGUGAGAAAGAACGUAAUAAAUGUGGUGACAAACACAAAUGUCAUGCCAUUUAGAUGGCUCAAGAGCUCCUACAGAUGCUUUUAUUGCUACGACGUGUUCCAAGAGCCGAAAGAUCUCAAAUCGCAUAACGAAAUUCAUGCGCCCGAAAAGGAAAUUGAGAAAAUCAUGAACAACUACUGGGAGUCCUCAGUUUACGUCGACAUCUCAAACAUGAGGUGUAAACUGUGCACCGAUGUCGCAAUAGACUUUCAUAAAAUUAUAGAUCAUCUUAUUACAGUCCAUCGUGUGUCAUUCGAUAAAGAUUUUGGGACGUGCAUGAGUCCGUUUAAGUUGCACGAUAUAUCAGUCGAAUGCGUUACCUGUGAGAAACAUUACAGAACAUUCGGACAUUUAUUAGUACAUUCUAACAAAGAGCACAAAGGUUGUUCGCAGUUGCUUUGUGAAAUUUGCGGGCAGCAUUUCAGACAUCCGAGCAACCUACGAGAUCACGUCAACAAAGAACACAAUAAGCAAACAGUUGACUGCAAUCUAUGCGGAGAGACUCUCCCAAGCAUGAACAGAAUGAGAACACACAUGCAACACUUUCAUAAUAAACGCUACAAGUGUUUCAAAUGCGCCGACUUAUUUGAGACGCACUACAAGCGGUCCCUUCAUAUGAUGAAUGUACACAAAAGUCGGGACGAGGUUAAAUGCCAACAUUGUCCUAAAACUUUCGUGUUUCGAAGCACAAUGAUGAGGCACGUUAGAGAGACUCAUUUACAAGAGAAAAACGCUGUAUGUGAAGAGAAGUCGUUAAUCUCUAAGCGACUCGAUGAUGCAAAACUCCUCCGCGACUUAGCAGACCUCCGAGCGCUCCUCACCGCCGUCAUAGAAUAUUCCACUAUCAUGCCUUUUCGAUGGUGCAGUAACAAAUACAUGUGUUUCUACUGCCGAUGUCCUUUCUCCUCCAGUGUCGCCCUCAAGGAACACACUGCAAGCGAACACGACAACCCCAGACUCAAAUACAUACUACAAACCAUUAGAACAUCGUCAAAAAUCAAAUUGGACGUGACAGAAAUUGUAUGCAAAAAAUGUAACAAGAGCUUAGAGAAUUUGAUGGAGUUCUUCGAUCAUUUAAACGCGGUUCAUGACAUGAAGUUGAACAGAGAUGUUAGCGUCUACAUGUUCGCGUACAAACUUUCAGAUGAUGGCAUGUCUUGUCUGGAUUGUGGACAGAAAUUCCUCUUUUUCGGCACUCUUAUUAGUCACGCCCACAAACUUCAUACUAAAACCGAAAUGUGUCUAUGUGAGAUUUGUGGUCAAGCGUUUUCUGGAAGAGCCAACGUCAUGAACCACGUUAGAACUGUGCACAGAAUCGACAACAGAUGUAAUAAAUGCUACAGGUCAUAUUCUUCUGAAGCCGCGUUGGCUGCUCACACGCGACGGGUACAUCGUCAAGAUAAACUAAAAUGUCCGAAGUGUCCAGAGAUAUUACGAACUACAUACAUAAGGCAGCGGCAUAUGGCGUUGGUUCAUGAUGUUAAGAAGUAUCAGUUUAGCUGUGAUAUAUGUGCGAAGACGUUCACAUGCUUGAGCGUGGUGGCUCAGCACAAAGCUAGAAUGCACAUGAAGGAGAAAAAUUUCGCGUGCGAAAUAUGUGGAUUUAAAGUGUUCAGUAAAGAUUUGUUGAAAAAACAUAUGGUGAAGCACGAUGACUCCAGGCCCUUUCAGUGCGAGAUUUGUAAGAAAGCGUUCCAAAGAAAGAAGACUUUGGAUCUGCAUAUAAGGAUUCAUACGAAUGAUAAAAGAUAUGUGUGCAAAGUUUGUGGGAAGGCGUUUAUACAGGUCACCAGUUUGAAGCUGCACGGUAAGGUGCAUCAUUCCGUGCCGGAUGUAUCAUGGAGUUGA